AUGACAUCGACACCGUCAUCACCACUUAUGGGCUCGACUUCAAUGUCGAUGACCUCAUCAUUGCCAGCAGAUGUGACAUCAUUACAACAGCAGCAACAACAGAAGGAAUCACAUACAUUCUUGCGAGCCAGCAGAAGUGGCAUUAGCAAAGAUUUGAACAAGUUGUCAUUGUUCUCACGUGACACAAUACACGUGGUGGACUGCGAUGGCGAGCGCGAGCGCGAGAUUAACGAAGCCGAGCAGCUGUUCCAGAACCUGCCCGAGCUGUCGUACGUCGUCACCAAGAUCAAUCAAUGGGGCAAGCACCAGAAGCGCGUGCUGCGCCUCACUAACAAGGGCAUUGCCAACGUGCGCAGCGACAUUGUCUCGAGCCACUACGCGUACGGCGACGUGCGUGCCAUCUACCUGCGCGACUCAGAGGUGUUUGUGCUCGAGUAUACGGGCGCCUCGCACAGCUACGUCUACAAGUCGGACGUGGGCUACCAGAUCGUGCAGGAGAUCACCAGCCGGCUACAGAUGCUGCGAACGACUGAGAAGAAGAAGCACGGCUUUGACAUUGCCAUCAAGUACCAGAAGAAGCUGAUGUCGCAGAUCCCGGGCCAGAACGCUCAGACACCCUCCACGCCACUGCCCACCAUGUCGGGCGCGGAUCAGCAGCAGCCACAACAACUUUCGCCAGACUCGGCGCCCAACCUGUCACUGUCGUUCGACAGCUGCGACUCGUCGUCCGUGUCGUCGUCAUCGUCGUCGCCUACGGCCGGCAUGGACAUUGAGUUCGAGGUGGACGACCGCAAGCACCAGAAGCGGGCGUCCAAGGUCUCGCAGCUGCUUGGCACGACGGAGGACCAGCGUCUGCAGGGAGAGAUCGAUCGCAUUGCGCUGAGUCCGCAGUCGAGCGAACGCAAGGCCAUUCAAUCAUUCAUGAGCAACUUCCACCAACUUGUGCGCAACCCAACAUCGCUCGUCCAGAACGUGCGCCAGUUUGUCGACAGCAUCAAACACUCGAUCCUCAACGACAAGAGCGGCCAGCUACAAAAGCUGGUCGAGUCACUGGGCGCCCGCGAGGACGACGUGCCCAUCUCGGCGCUCGUCGAGAAGAACCUGGAGCGCGCUAUCAUCCUUCGCGCCUACAAGCAGCUACAUGGCGUCAUCUCACAUCAGAUCGCCAAGGACGAGGCUGUGUUGCAGGACAACAUCUCCAAGCUGGCCUCCAAGUCACAGGAGUUCUUUGGAAUCAAGAGUGAGUUCAUCACACAGAGCAACUGGCAGUCGGCUGUCCUCGAGCUCAAAGCACUGGAACAGAUCGACAUCCCCUACAACAAGCUCGACUCCAUCCUCGCAUCCGCGCGUGCCAUCUACAACUACAUCAACUAUGAACGCAACCUCAAGAGCAACUCACAACAAGAGAUAUUCCUCAGUGCAGAUGACUUCUUGCCUAUAUACAUCUAUGUCGUGGUCAACUCUGGCGUCAAGGACUUGGAGUUUACUAAUCAAUAUCUGUGGCAACUUUGCGAUUCUGAUCGAUUGUCUGGCGAGGGCGAGUACUAUUUGACGGUGUUCAGUUCGACAUUGAGUCUAAUACGUUCGUUGAAAAUGGAUAAUGUGGAGAGAGCAACGAUGAUUGAUGAUUUGAUACCGACACAGCAACUGAAAGGUAGUCCGCCACCUAUCAGCAGCAGUCCAACUAGCAAUGGCAGUGGAUGGAACAGCGCCACCAUAUCAAGGCGAGAGAGAGCACAGAGUCUAAGUCUUGGCGAUGGCAAAAAGAAGCAUUUUCUCUCACAACACAAUGAUCAAUCAUUCAAGUAA